AUGGCUAGAACCAAGCAAACAGCAAGAAAGUCAACUGGUGGUAAGGCCCCAAGAAAGCAAUUAGCUUCUAAGGCUGCCAGAAAGUCCGCCCCAUCUACCGGUGGUGUUAAGAAGCCUCACAGAUAUAAGCCAGGUACUGUUGCCUUGAGAGAAAUCAGAAGAUUCCAAAAAUCUACCGAACUAUUGAUCAGAAAGUUGCCUUUCCAAAGAUUGGUCAGAGAGAUUGCUCAAGAUUUCAAGACAGACUUGAGAUUUCAAUCUUCUGCUAUCGGUGCUUUGCAAGAAUCCGUCGAAGCCUACUUGGUCUCUUUGUUCGAAGACACUAACUUGGCUGCCAUUCACGCCAAGCGUGUUACUAUCCAGAAGAAGGAUAUUAAGUUGGCUAGAAGAUUAAGAGGUGAAAGAUCAUAG